CAGACAAGAAGCCUAUGAAGACUUGAAGAAUUUGAGGUGUGCACGUAGUGUCUGUUUCAAAAAACCAAUCUUGCAAUACGAUUAUGCCAUCUUGAAUAAAGACCAACCAUACUAGAUUGCCUCUCUGUCUUUCUCUCUCUCUCUCUCACACACACACACACACACACACACACACACACACCAAUCCAAUCUACCUGGCUCCGUGUCUUACUCUUACCUCUCAAAAGUCUCAAACUUUACCAACUCUAAUCUCCUAGAAUUCAGAACCCAGUUCUCUCUCAGUCUCUAAUGGAAGGUGCUCUCUUUCCCAACAGGCCAGUGCCUCCCAUCCCAACAAACAGACCCACAAAACCAUUACCAAACCCAUCUUUGAAAUUCACUUCAACAACACUCCCACUGCCACCCCUUCCUCCUCAAUCCCCAUCUCCUUCUUCAGUUCCUUUAGACACUCUCCUCCAACACCUUUUUCACCUCUCUUCACCUCCCAUCACUACCGCCACUCACAGAAAGCUCAAACCUUUACACCCACCUCGCUACACCAACCACAACACCAAUACCCAAUUCCCUUCUUUUCACAUUUCAGCCCAGUUAGACCACAAGCAAGUCCAUCACAAAAAACCCACUUCACUUUCAGCUCCACAGUUUGAGGAGUUUCAACCAGAAGAUGGGGAUCUUCAAUUCUUGUCAAGAAAGGGUAAGAUCAUAUUCAAUUCAAUUUUAGAACAGCCUUUGUCUAGUUUGAAUGCAUUCUUUGAUUCUGCCAAGUUUGAGUUGCUUGAAGUUGAUGUUGAUUUGAUUAGUCUCUUGAAAGCAUUAGAUAUUUCAGGGAAUUGGGAAAGAGCCCUUUUGUUGUUUGAAUGGGUUUUUUUGAACUCAAGUUCUCAAAAUGAGAAACUAGACAAUCAGGUUAUUGAGAUAAUGGUUAGGAUUCUAGGGAGAGAGUCUCAGCAUUCGUUUGCAUCUAAGCUGUUUGAUGUAAUUCCAGUUGAGGAAUACUCACUUGAUGUCCGCGCUUAUACCACUAUUCUUCAUGCACAUUCUCGCACUGGCAAGUAUGGAAAGGCAAUAACUUUGUUUGAGAAAAUGAAGGAAAGUGGUGUCUCUCCAACUUUGGUAACUUACAAUGUAAUGCUUGAUGUUUACGGGAAAAUGGGUCGGUCUUGGAAUAAGAUUCUAGGCCUAUUAGAUGAAAUGAGAGGCAAAGAACUUGAGUUUGAUGAGUUUACUUGCAGUACUGUGAUAUCGGCAUGUGGGAGAGAGGGACUUUUGGAUGAGGCAAAAGAGUUCUUAAACGGAUUGAAAUCACAGGGCUAUGUACCUGGAACUGUUACUUACAAUUCUUUGCUGCAAGUUUUUGGAAAGGCAGGGAUAUACUCAGAGGCCUUGAGCAUCUUGAAGGAAAUGGAGGAUAAUAAUUGCCCACCUGACUCUGUUACUUACAAUGAGCUGGUCUCAGCUUAUGUGAAAGCAGGAUUCUAUGAUGAAGGGGCAGCUGUCAUAGACACAAUGACCCGAAAAGGAGUAAUGCCAAAUGCUGUUACGUAUACUACUGUGAUAAAUGCCUACGGCAGAGCAGGAAAGGAAGGCAAGGCUUUGAGGUUGUUCAACCAGAUGAAGGAGUUGGGUUGUGUUCCUAAUGUAUGCACAUACAAUGCUAUCCUUGGGAUGCUAGGGAAAAGAUCUCGAUCAGAGGACAUGAUAAAGAUAGUCUGUGAUAUGAAAUUGAAUGGGUGUGCUCCAAACCGUAUUACAUGGAAUACAAUGCUUGCCAUGUGCGGUGAUAAGGGUAAAGAGAAGUAUCUGAACCGCAUCUUACAGGAAAUGAAGAGUUGUGGUUUUGAGCCAGAUAGAGACACUUUUAAUACUUUGAUUAGUGCAUAUGGCCGGUGUGGGUCUCAAAUUGAUGCUGCAAAAAUGUCUGAGGAGAUGAUUAAAGCAGGAUUUUCUCCUUGUGUUACAACGUACAAUGCUUUUCUAAAUGCUCUGGCCCGGCGAGGUGAUUUUGUAGCUGCAGAAUCUGUCAUCCUAGACAUGAGGAAUAAGGGUUUCAAGCCAAAUGAAACUUCAUACUCACUGAUGCUUCAUUGUUAUGCAAAGGGAGGAAAUGUCCAGGGGAUAGAGAAGAUUGAGAAAGAAAUUUAUGAUGGUCAUAUCUAUCCUAGUUGGAUGCUUUUGAGAACCCUUGUACUUGCAAACUUCAAGUGUAGGGCACUAACGGGAAUGGAGAGGGCGUUUUUGGAACUGCGGAAGAAUGGAUACAAGCCUGAUUUGGUUUUAUUUAACUCUAUGCUAUCCCUUUUCGCCAAAAGAAACAUGUAUGACAGGGCCCAAGAGAUGCUGCACUUGAUUCGUGAGACCGGGCUGCAACCAGAUCUUGUUACCUACAAUAGCUUGAUGGACAUGUAUGCCAGAGGGGGAGAAUGUUGGAAAGCAGAAGAAGUCCUCAAGGUAUUACAAAAAUCCGGUGGGAAACCAGACCUUGUGUCUUAUAACACUGUCAUUAAAGGAUUUUGCAGGCAAGGGCUCAUGCAGGAGGCUAUAAGAACUCUCUCAGAGAUGAUGACUAGAGGUAUCCGGCCAUGUAUUUUUACCUACAAUACUUUUGUAGCAGGCUAUGUUGGGCAGGGAAUGUUUACAGAAGUAGAUGAAGUGAUUAGCUAUAUGAUUCAGAACAAUUGCAAACCAAAUGAGCUAACCUACAAGACAGUGGUGGACGGUUAUUGUAAAGCAAGAAAGUAUCAAGAAGCCAUGGACUUUGUGUCAAAGACUAAGGGGAUGGAUAAUUCUUUUGAUGAUUCGUCUGUGCAAAGACUUACUUCCCGCAUCAGGGAGUAUAUGGAGUCAUGAUUUCAUCACAUAUAUCUAUGGCCAUCUUUUUGUUUAUUGCUUGGGGAAUACAGGUGCAGGUGCAGGUGCAGGUCAAGUGUGACAAAAUUUAUAAUUACUGGCUUGAAUGUAUAUUUCUUUGGGUGAGUCACUUGUUCCUCAGUAUAGGUCCUAUCCAGUGCACAAACCUCCCACUUCUAUGGGGUCUGGGAGAGGUAAUUCCAUAAUUGGUAGGGAGUGUUACCUCAAUUUUGGAGAGGUUAAUUCCCGGACAUGGUUCUUGUUAUAUGAGAUCAAGUUUGAUUUAAAGACUUAUGAUUGGUGAAUGUUCCUGGGUGUUGUACCCGCAUCAGAAAUCAGGUCUACGAAUGUUUGUCAUUAAUGGGGUAAUGGAUUAGAGUUCAAGAAUCAGGUCAGAAUCAAGUUUUUCUUGCUGUGACUAAAACUAUAUAUGUAUAAAAUAGGUGUUUUUCAGGCAAUGACUAUGGAGACUUUCAUCGCUACAAGCAAUCUGAUUAUAUAUGGUAUAAGAUCGUUUUCUCUUUAAAAUUUUGUUCACAUGCCUAUUUGGAUCCUUGGGACCACGAAUUCCAUUGGAUCAACUGUACAGAGAGCUUCAUAAUGUAAAGUUCUUUUGCUUGGUUAAUAAGAAAAGCUGCCCUCAUUGGUAUAUUGUACA